GACAGUCUUCCUUCUUCACAGCAUUUCUUCACAACUCCCCCUUUCAUUUUGUCUGUGGUACCUUCCAGCAAAGUCUCCCUAGGGACUCCAUCAGUACAGGCUGUUUUCUCCAACCUGUAAGGGAGGGGGGAAUGGAAGAGUACAGAAUACAUGGAUUAACCUCAAGGCUGCAUGGAAGCUGGUUUCCGUUGAGCUGAAUAAUUUAUUAGUAGGCUACUGUGAAGAAUUAUCCGAUCUCUGUGGGGUCUGUCCGGCUACUAACUGAGGAAUGGGGACACUGUACUGAGGGUUGAUAAGUUCUUCGCUUGUUCUGGGAACUCCAGGAAAAUACAUGAUGCAGAGCACAGUAUCAUUGAUGUGCUAGAUUCACCUGCUCCUGACAUUCACUCUCCGUCCACCCCAUCUGUUUAUCAAAAGACUGCAGAUCUAUUUGAAAUGAUCGAGAAAAUGCAGGGUAGUCGUUUGGAUGAGCAGAGAUGUGCCCUACCACCCGCACUAAAGAGAGAAGAAGAGUAUAUUCCAUACCCCAGCAUCUUUGAGGUGAUGCGUAAAGGACGUCCAUACCCACUUAUUAUUCUACCCCAGUUUGGAGGUUAUUGGAUCGAGGGUACAUUCCAUGACAUCUUGGAUCCACUGACUGACCUUUCAAAUGUUCCAGCUCCUGGGCUUAAGCUAAAACUGGAAUGUGACCCGACAGCAAAGCUCUACAGAAAACAUUUCCUGGGAAAGGAGCACCAGAACUUUUAUUCCAAUGAUAAUGCCCUUGGCUACUUAGUUCUGUCUGUGAGGUAUGAACAAUUAGAAAACCAGGAGCAUCUCCGGCUACUUUUAAGGACAAAGUCAAUGACAUACCAUGAUGUUAUCCCUAUAUCCUGCCUGACAGAAUUUCCAAAUGCUGUGCAAAUGGCUAAGCUCUUGUGUGAAGAUGUGAAUGUGGAUCGAUUUCAUCCAGUCCUGUAUCCCAAGGCUUCCCAGCUUAUUGUGACCUUUGAUGAACAUGUCAUCAGCAACAAUUUCAAGUUUGGCAUCAUAUACCAGAAACGGGGUCAAACAACCGAAGAAGAAGUGUUUAGUAAUAAUGAAGAAAGUGAUUCAUUUUCUGACUUUUUGCAACUUCUUGGAGAGAGAAUACAGCUCCAGGACUUCAAGGGGUUCCGAGGAGGGCUAGAUGUCAGUCGAGGUCAGACAGGAACAGAGUCCAUAUAUACCAGCUUUCGUGGCAAGGAGAUUAUGUUCCAUGUUUCCACGAUGCUUCCAUACACAGAAGGUGAUUCACAACAGCUACAAAGAAAGCGUCAUAUUGGGAACGACAUUGUAGCCGUGGUCUUUCAAGAAGAGAACACACCAUUUGUGCCAGACAUGAUUGCCUCUAAUUUCCUUCAUGCCUAUGUUGUGGUGCAGCCUGAACAGACCAGCAUGGGAGAGACAGUAUACAAGGUCUCUGUCACAGCACGGGAUGAUGUCCCUUUUUUUGGACCAGCACUCCCAAAUCCUGCUGUCUUCAAAAAGGGGCCUGAAUUUCGAGAGUUUCUUAUGACAAAGUUAAUUAAUGCAGAAUACAGCUGUUAUCGAGCCGAACGGUUUACCAAGUUGGAGGAACGAACUCGCAGUGCACUUCUGGAAAGCUUGUAUGAGGAACUACAGCUGCGCAGUCAAAGCAUGAUGGGACUUGUAACCGAUGAUGAAAAAAUGGACAAUGGAGGAGGUGGCUUUUUUGAAAACUUCAAGCGUGUCAUUCGCGGAAGGAGUCAGUCUCUCGAUACUAUGGGAAUUUCAAUGAAGAAGCACCAGUCAGCUAGCCAAAGCCGUAUGUCCAGUACUAGCCCAGGUCAGAGUACUUCAGAUGGCCCUAAAACACCUGUUUCGGUUGGGUGCAGUGUGGGUGGCCGAAGUGCUGUACUCCCUCACACACUGGUGAAAGGGGAGGGAGUGACAUCAAUGAAGACCGAAGUCCUUUGUUUGUCCACGUGCCAGUCUCUGACUCUGCCUGGAAAAAAUCUGCCCCGGUCUAAAGGAAUUGCCUCUGGUAUAGGGAUUGAAAAUAUUCAGGAAGAAAACAGAGAAAAGAUUGAUUUCAUUCAGAAGGGAAAUGAUAGCCCCAGCAUAUUCCAUGAUCCAAGGUCUGAUGGCUCAUCUGGUACCAGUUCUCCUGAAAUACCACACAGAAGAAACAGAGCUCUAGUAAAGCAGCCUGUCUCCCAGUCCUCGUCUGAUGCCAGUAGCUGUUGCAGUGCACCUGGAACCCAGGAGACAACAGAGGAUGAUGACAAUGAAGUGGAUUUCAUUUAUUCAACAGAAAAUCCACAGAAAAGAGAUUCCAUGAUCCAGAGUGUUUGGCUUGAUGACAGUCUCUGUACUCCCAGCAGUGGGGGUUCACCAGUUACUCAGAACUCCCAGACCACAAGACUGCUUCACCAUGGAAACUCUUUAGGGUCAGAAGACAAAGUUAAAGGGGAUAAGGAAGAGUCUCAGCGCUACAACCCGGCCUCCAUUUUGUGCUGUGUGUGAUGUCAUCGCUGGACUGCCUCUCGGCGCAUGCUGGGUACUGCACAGGAGAUUUCACUGUGAUAAAAUUUCAGUCCUACAUGGGGGACAGAGAAGGAGAAUUGAAUCAGGAGGAAGAACAUUAGACAAGAGAGCAGAAUUCUACAUCACGGGUUGGUGGUCUUAACACAAUGGUGGAGUCUGCAACUGGACUACAAUGUCGGUGGUCCCCCUGUGGAAAAAUAUCAAAUCUUGAACCAGAGUUGGUUCAGUCUUUUCUUGAAUCUUUAAAAUGAAUAUUAUCGCAUUCUGCUGACAUUCCACCGCAGCCUGUUAUACAGACAAGUUUCAUGCAAUAAAGCUCUGUGUGUGUGUGUGUGUGUGUGUGUGUGUGUGUAUGUGUGCGUGCGUGCAUGCGUGCGUGUGUGUGU